GAUUUUCUUGGGUAUGUUUUUUUUUUGUCUUAGAGAAAAUGAAUUAUUGAAAAUCGAACGAAUGCGCAAAUUGAAGAUCAAUUAUUCCUAGCUAAACCAACUGUUCCUCUACGCGCGAUCUGAUUGGUUGGCGCGAAUCACUGACAGAAGGAUUCUCCCUCGCAUUUUCCAUCGCCAUGUUGUGGAGUUGACGGGUUUCCGAAAAUGUCAUUGCUUCUUCUUCUAAAAACCUGUUCAAAUCUUCGAGGAAGAUCUGACCGAAUAGCCAGGGUCACUUUCAGAGGAGUGACUUACCAGACAAGUGUCAUUGAAAACUGCUCUGAAGCUGAUUGGGAUGAGGACUUUGAGUGGCCCUUGGAAAGUCCACUGGACCCCAGCGAGUUCAUCGAAAUUGAAGUUUAUAACUUCAACAAAAUCUUCAACAACAGACUGGUUGGAGUAUUCCGCAUGGUACUCCAAAAACUCAUACAAGAUGGCCACCUAGAGGUUAGGGAAAGUCUCAUAGACAUGAAUAACACAGUGCUAAAGGCAACUGUUGAUCUGGAGUUACAGUACAAUCCCCCAGAAGGAAAUGUGUCCCAGUGGGUGAACAAUAUAAACGACACCCUUGAUGCCCCGCCCCAAGUGGGUUACAUGCCGGACAAUCAGUAUCAAAUGGAUCCGUACAGUCACCAGUACAGCGUUAACAGGGACACAGAAAGAAGGGGUUCAUUCAUGGGUAGCACAUUCGGCAGUAAGGCAUCUAAGAGCCAAUCAAUGACAAGCCUUACUUCCAGUAGUCAUCGACAGCCACGCAAGGAGUCAAUGCCUGCUUCCAUUGGAGGGGGUGGACGGUUUAUUUCCCCUGGAGAUUCACCAUUUGACGCAAUGUUGAAGGGAAGCGAAGGGCUUGGAAGUCGCAGAGGAUCACAGAUCAGUAUGCACAGUGACAGGAGCAUGAGUAUGAAGUGCAGCCACGCCCAUCCUAGAGUGCGAGCUGAAAAGAAAAUGUCUGUGAGAGAACAAGACUAUCAGAUACAAAUUCGUAUCCUGGAGGGACGUCAACUUGCAGGUACCCAGAUUGAUCCUGUGUGCACUGUAAAUGUUGGAAAUCAAAAGAAGAGUACAACAAUAAAGGAACAGACCAAUUGUCCCUUCUGGGAUGAGUUUUUUGUCUUUGACUUCAAGAUGCCUCCUAUGGUGCUUUUUGAUAAGAUCAUCAACUUCCAGGUUUUCACAGGGAGGAAUCUUGUCAGUCAGGGAAAUCUGAUUGGGGCAUUCAAGCUGGAUGUAGGGACUGUGUAUGCUCAACCAGAUCACAGAUUCUGCCGCCGAUGGGCAGUAAUGACAGAUCCAGAGGAAACACUGGGUGCUUCUGGUGCAGGCAUCAAGGGCUACCUAAAAGUUGAUAUUACUGUGUUAGGUAAAGGUGAUCCUGCCAAGGAACCUCCAGGUAUCAAGGACAGUGAUGAUGAUAUUGAAGGGAAUCUUCUCUUACCUGAAGGAGUUCCUGCAGAAAGACCAAAAGCCAAGAUUAUUGUGAAAAUUUACAGAGCUGAAGGCCUGCCAAAGAUGAAUAGUGGUCUCAUGGCCAAUGUUAAGAAAGCGUUCACAGGAGAGGUGCGAGAUCUUGUGGACCCUUACGUGGAAGUCUGUUUUGCGGGGCAUAAGGCUAGAACAACAGUGAAAAAGAACACAUAUGAACCAAAGUGGAAUGAGCAGAUUGUUUUCUCAGAAUUGUUUCCUCCACUUUGCAGACGAAUGAAGGUUCAACUGAAGGACAGUGAUUCUGUUUCUGACGAAGUUAUUGGAACACAUUUUAUUGACCUGUCCAGGAUAUCCAAUGAUGGAGCUAAUGGGUGGCUCUCAGAGGUCUAUAUUCCUGGCUCAGGCAUAAAAGUUCCUGGCUCAAUUCAGGCUCCUGUUCAUAAGUAUCCUGCUGAUAUCGGUUUUAUGCCAACAUUUGGCCCAUGCUGGGUGAACCUUUAUGGAUCAACAAGGGACUACUCAUUGUUUGAUGAACACAAUGAUCUUAAUAACGGACUGGGAGAAGGUGUGGCAUACAGAGGUCGGCUGCUGAUGGCAGUACAAGCAGAGUUUGGUGAAUCUGCAUCUGAGGCAGGUAUCCGUCAGGUGGAGGUGGAGCCAACAGCACCCAUCUCUGAUACUGCAGCAGGCAAAGAGGACCAGUUCCAGUUAUUUGCUUGUUUCUAUGAAGCAAGCAUGAUAGAGAGGAAAGUUGGAGACAAGAUGAUACAAUUUGAAAUGAGUAUCGGUAACUAUGGUAACACAAUUGAUGGACAAGCUCUGCCAGGUGAGGUAGUGGAUGAGGUUCGUAAGAAUGGCGAGAACCCAUUCAUCCACCCGUUGACCCCGCCUGUUAGACCAGUGACGAAUGACAGACAGUAUUACCACAUACCAUGGGAGGAUUCCAAACCCUGCACACACAUCAAGUUGACAUGGCAGGAUCAUCGCAGACGAUUGUACAACUCCAAUGUGCUGCUGAAGAUUUGCGAGAGACUGGAGGAUGGAUUGACGGAUUGUCUUGAGAGAGUGAAGAUGGACUUGCCAAACACUUACAGAUGGCUAAGUCGAGUCCUUGCAGAACUUAUCAAUGGAUGCAACCAGUACCUCAACCUGGUCAAGUCAAUGCCAACUGCUUCUCAUGUGGGACGCACCAAGCUGGACAAGGAACGGCUGAAGCUGUGUCAGUAUGAAGUAGAAUCAGUGUGUCAAUCAGCUCAGGAGCUGAAGGGUAGCACUAAGGAUGAUGGCCACAUCAAGGACAAUCUCAAGGCUGCCAAUGCCUUGCUUCAGAGGCUGCUUAACAUUGCAAUUGAGCCACAAGAAACAAUCCCUGAUGUUUUCAUCUGGAUGCUGUGUGGGGGCAAGAGAGUUGCUUACACUCGUCUUCCUAGCCAGCACGUUAUUUACUCACUGGUGGAAGAGGAAAGAGGAAAGGAUGCUGGCAGAAUGCAGACCGUGUUUCUCAGGCUUCCAGGAAAGCGUGGUGAUGGUCCCAAAGGCUGGGCGAUUCAAGCCAAGCUGAACGUCAUGAUCUGGCUUGGUCUCCACAAACAUAAGAAAGACUAUCUCAAAGACGCUCCCAAAGGAUAUCAAACGCCAAAGAAUGCUCACAAGUUGAUGGCACCUCCUCCAAACCAUCUUAUCUACACAGAAAAACAAAAGUUCAUUCUCCGUGCCCACACAUACCAGGCAAGAAGUUUGAUAGGCAGUGACGCCUCAGGGCUUUCAGAUGCCUUUGGUCGUGUCAUCUUCACACACCUAGUUGCUGACACUCGUGUGAUCUGGGAGACCAGGAGUCCUACUUGGGAUCAGAUGUUGGUCUUCAAAGACUUGAUUCUGUGGGGAGACGUCAAUGAAAUCGCUGUCAAUCCUCCCACCAUCGUCAUUGAAGUGUUCGACAAGGAUAUCGGGGGUGACUCGGAGUUCAUUGGCCGUGCUCUGGCCAGACCCAUUGUCAAGAUGGCCUGUGAACCUUAUGAAAAACCGUUCUUUCCGCCAGCACUAGAGUGGUUCCAGAUUUUCAGAGGGGAAGAGAAAGCAGGUGAACUGCUUGCCGCCUUUGAGCUUCUUCAGUUGUCUGAAGGCACGUGCUUCCUUCCCACUGAAAAUGAGCCUGUUAACACUCCUGAUGGACCAAUAACACCUGUACCGGACGGCAUCAGACCCGUGAUGAGGAAACACAGAAUUGAGGUGUUGUUCUGGGGUGUCAGAGAGAUGAAGAGGAUAAACCUCACUACAGUGGACCGACCUCAAGUGGAUAUAGACCUUGCUGGACAUGUUAUACAAUCAACUGUCAUCACAAAUGCUAAGAAAAACCCGAAUUUCCAGAAUCCAGUCAUCUUCUUUGAUGUGGAACUUCCCGAGAAUGAGCGUUACUGCCCUCCGCUGACCAUCCGUGUCAGGGACUGCCGUACAUUUGGUCGGUUCACACUGGUUGGCACUCAUGUGUUGAACUCGCUUCACCGCUAUCUGCAGACGGGAGAGAAAGAAAAGGAAAAACUGGAGAAAGCAGAAGCUGUAGCAGGAGGAGCCGUGGGAGCAGCAUCACGUCCUACAUCACCUGUUCCUAACACGCCCGCUGAUGUGGCUAUCGAGAUUGAUGAAGAUCCUCCUGACGCAGCGGAUUCUGAACCUCUGUUGCAGGAGAAAAAGAAGAAGGGAGAGGGAAGUGGAGGCGAAGGAAAAGGCGAGAAGGGGAAAGGUAAGGAAGAGGAAGACGGUGAAGAUGCGCUAGACUGGUGGUCACGCUAUUACGAGACACUGAAGGACAAAGAACGAAAUGAGAGAAAGGAAGAGCAACAGCAGUUAGCACGAGCUUCAAAGAAGAAAGAAAAGAGAACUGAGGAGGAGACCGAAGAGGAGAAGAUGAAAAAGAAAAUUCCCAGACUGACGAUUUUUGAUUCAGAGCUGGAAUUCUUACUGGAGUACAAUGGUUUCAAUGAUUGGCUUCAUUCGUUCCCACUCUACCGCGGCAAGAAAACCAGUGAAGAUGAUGAUGACGAUCACAGGAUUGUGGGAAAAUUUAAGGGCUCUUUGAAAGUGUGGAAGUACCCUCUGCCUGAACACGUGGAAAUGGACCCAAUCGUUGGUACAUUCCUCAAGUUACCCAGCAAUGAGCCUGUCAAUGUACUCGCACGAGUUUACGUCAUCAAGGCCAUCAAUUUGCAUCCUUCGGAUGUCAACGGAAAGGCUGACCCAUAUCUUGUGGUAACACUUGGUAAACACAAAGUGAGGGACCGAGACAACUACGUGUCAAAACAGCUCAACCCCGUGUUUGGAAGGUGCUUUGAAUUCGAGGCAAUCAUCCCCAUGGACUCCGUAUUAACUGUUGGUGUGUAUGAUUGGGAUUUGGUGGGAAGUGAUGAUCUUAUCGGCGAAACUAAAGUUGAUCUUGAGAACAGGUUCUACAGCAAACAUCGGCCCACCUGUGGUCUGCAGGAGAGCUAUGCCACAUUUGGAUUCAACAAGUGGCGCGACCCAAUGCGCCCGACCCAGAUCCUCGCCAAGAUCUGUAAAGAGGAGGGCCUGGACGGACCGCAUUAUUCCACGGGAAGAGUUCGAAUUGACAACAAAGUGUUUGGUGCUACGUCACAAGUUCUAGAGGAGAGUGGUCAUUUCAGGCAGUCAGAUGAACCCGUCGCUCUUAAAGCUCUUCGGGGUUUUCACACACUGAAGAGAGGAUUCUCACUGGUGCCUGAACAUGUGGAGACCAGAUCACUGUACAACCCGGAAAAACCUGGAGUGGAGCAGGGUAAAAUUGAGAUGUGGGUCGACAUGUUUCCUAUGGAUAUGCCUUCUCCUGGUGCUCCUGUAGACAUCACUCCCAGGAAACCCACAAGCUAUGAGCUGCGAGUGGUUAUCUGGAACACUGAAGAUGUUCUCCUCGAGGAAUCAAAUAUCCUGACCGGAGAGAAGUGCAGUGAUAUUUUUGUCAAAGGCUGGCUGGAGGGAAUGAAAGAGGACAGGCAACAGACCGAUGUGCAUUACAGGUCGCUUACUGGAGAGGGAAACUUCAACUGGAGAUUCAUCUUCCCAUUCCAAUACCAGAAGGCCGAAGAAAGAAUUGUCAUCACUCGGAAGGCAAGUUUCUUCUCAUGGGACGAGUCUGAAGAGAAAGUUCCUGCCAGACUGCACCUGCAGGUCUGGGAUGCUGACGCAUUCUCCGCUGACGACUUCAUUGGUGAUCUGACGCUUGAUCUAACGCGCAUGCCCCGUGGUGCGAAGUCCGCUAAGACUUGUACUCUGGACUUGAUGAAGCAGGACGGCAGUGUGCCCCAGAUCUCUUUCUUCAAGAUCAAACACAUCAAGGGAUUCUGGCCGUUUGUAGUCAACACUGACGAAGAAGUUCCUGAACUGGCUGGCAAAGUGGAAGCUGAACUUGAAUUACUGACCCAAGAAGAGGCCGAGAAGAAGCCCGCUGGACGGGCGCGAGAGGAUCCGCAGGCUCUGGAGAAACCUAACCGUCCUGAUUCAACGUUCACGUGGUUCAUGAACCCGUUCAAGUCCCUGAAGUACCUGCUGUGGAAUAACUACAAAAUGUGCCUGAUCAAGUUCCUGGUCAUUGGACUCCUGGUGGCUCUUAUGGGCCUGUUCUUCUACUCCAUGCCUGGUUACACAGUGAAAAAGAUCUUCGGAGCAUAAACUGCAGCCCCUGUCAAAGAAAUCAAUCAGGACCCUCUGUGGGUCACUAUUCAUUAAUUUAUUCAUAAAGCUUCUUGCUUAACUUAUUAAGAGUUAUUUAAUAGGCCAUUAUAGUCGCUGUUAGAUGAUAGCCUGUCGUCAUCAUAGACGUGUUUAUUUUGUUACAAAGUAAAAUGUACAUUUACAAGAUUCAAUCAUUGGAAGUUAUUUUUCUUAAAUGAAAUUCAGUUUUUUAAGUUUUAUAUUGUAUUUGCUUUAUUUCAAACUUUCUGUUACGCGCUUUAAAUGCUUUCGAAAAAGACAUAUUUAUUGUUCUUGUGAUCAUUUGUAAUUUGAUGGCAGUUGUUUUUUAAGUCGAAAACCUUGAAACGGGUUGUAUGUGAUAAAGUAAUAGAUAAACCCGGAACAAACAUUUGAGGUUUGAACUGUUUUUUUCAACUAUUUAACAGGAUCUUGAUUUAUCAUUUUCUCUAAUCUUUUUUUUUUUUUGGAAUUAAGGAGAAAAGUCGUAAAUUCUAAGUUUGUUAAAAAACUCACUCUCUCAAGUGUGUCGAAUGCUCAGCUUAAACUUCAUGUAAAAUGCAUAAUCAGUCAGUUGAGCAUUCUUGUCUUCUAUCAGCUGUGAUUAUAGGUUAACUGGAUGCUAGCUUAGGACAAGUUAAGGACUUUUAGGGGCAUGCUGGCCAAAUAGGCACAGGCCUUUCUUAAGAAUAGCUCGCAAAGUUAAGUUUCUUUGUCCGCUCUGAGUUUGAACGCAGGUCGUUGUGUUAAAUUUAAUUAGUUAUAGUUUGUUUCUUUUAGGAAUGUAGGAAUUUAGAAUCAAGCGGAAAAUAUCGAUCGGAGAUUAGAAUAGAAGAGCUGUAACUAUUUAUAUCUUUGCUUUUUAUGUCUGUUAUUUAGCCUGCGGAAUUUAUUUCUAGCUGCUAAAUGCUUCUAAUUUUCGUUGCAAACUGUUUUUUUGGAACGUCACGCAGUUUAAUCCUUCGUUCUGAGAAAGAUUGCGUGACGAGCCAAGAGGACAUCUGCAUCGGUACCCAGGAAGUCAAUGAGCUCCUUAUGGGAGAGAAUUUUAUUUAAGUGGCUCGCAGCCAUUGGAGAGUGGAAUUUGUACAGAAUGACUUGGUGAGCCGUAAAACUGUGUUGUAAAUAUUAUGAAGGUGACAAGAACCAGGUGAUGCCAGAACGUACAUAAUAUCGUAACGUAAUAAUAAGUAGGAUAUUUAACCGUGGUACAAAUGUCGGGAUACAGUUACUCUGGGUCAAGAUAUUUAUCAGUAGUUCAGUGUGUAGUUAUCGUACGUCAGGGUAACGGAAUAUCCAAAGUAAUAAAGAUGAACAUCGAGAAGUGUCCUUGA